UAUAAAACCGAUACUAAGAUAAUAUUCUUAUUUUGGGUUAAGUUUGCAAGUCCUAAAGUAAUAAUUGCCAGUUUAUCCGGCUAGCAGUGAAGCUUUGCGAUAGCGCCUUGAAAAUAUUUUAAAUUGAACCGAAAGGAGGUGAAGCAAAAUGAGUUCAAACAGAGCCUGUAGCAAUACCAAAAACAACAACAACUCCGUAGAAUCGCCACUACAUAUGCAAAACCAAAGCGAUGCUGCGCUCCAGCACUCUAUUGGCUACGCGCGCGAAUUCAGCACGCAGGCGGCGGCCUAUCAUCUGCUCAAAACGGAGGAGCCUCUGGUCCAUCUGCACCGCACCAUCGUACUGCUGAGUACCAAAAUCCAACCGCACUGCUUUGCGCCGACGCACCUCGAGCUGGCCAAAUUCUUUGUGGACCUGCAGGCAUUGAUGAGCGCUCUGGAUGAUGAAAGCGACGCGUUGUGGGCAUGCGUGGCUCUGCUGCAGCACUGUAGUCGCAAUCUAGAGGCACGUCGUGCCAUAGUCGAGCAAUAUUGCUAUGUGCCGGUGCUGAGCUAUUUGUUGGUACGCACAACCCGGCCAGAGCGCGUCCAUCGCCUAAUGCUACUGCUGCAGGAUCUCACAUAUGGCAUACGCAUUGCCUGGGAGGAACCGUAUCUGGUGGUGCUGCUCGAGCACCUAGUAGACAUUGUGCACAACACGGAGUGCGACGCUAGCGAGACGGCAUCGCCGCAGGACGAUAGCUCACACGCACUCCUCGCGCUCUCCAUCCUCGUUAAUUUGUGCUAUAAGAAUUUUGUGGUUCUGUUUCUCUUUCUGCGCCGUGUGAACAUCUCAAGCUUCAGUCGACGCAUUCAACAUUAUGGCCUGCUGGCUAACAAGAUGCUUAUCAUUCUCUCUCAGGAUGUGCACCCCUUCGAGGAGCGUGAGCUGCACAUAUUCCUUCGCACAUCUUUCGCAGCGAUCGACGAAUGCCUUAAGCAGUGGAACGUUCCUCAGUUGAGUCACAUUGUGGACUUUCUGCUCGAUUCCCAGUGUCAUCCCCGACUGCAACGUGCGAUGCUCACGCACACUCACUAUUGUGAGGACAUCGAGCGGUUGCUGGAUCAAAUCGACGCGCGUAGCGGCAUGGACGACUCCAGUGAGGAUAUGCGCAAGCAUCAGCAACUCUGCAUGGAUCUCAUCUUCCGGCUGGUCAGCCACGUGUUGCAACUCAGUACUAAAGACAACAGCAACAUUAUUAGCCUGGACGCCAUCACGCCACGUCUCUAUGAGCUACUCUGCUGCUGGAUGGAAUCGGAGCAUUGUGGUGUGGCCGCCAUCGAAUUGCUGUCCAUACUAUUGCGUGUGGGCAGGCGCGGUAUCAUUUCCCAGCUCAUAGCCCGAGAACCCACAACAGUGAUCAAGUUGGUGGCCAGUACCAAGCUAGCAGACACAAAGCCCGAUCACGUGAUGGCCAUACUGCGCCUGUUGCUGACACUGCUGCGUGAAUCCAAGACCGAGAAACUAGUACUGGCCGAGAUAUCCGAAUCGUAUUUUGAUAAUAUACUGGCCGCACCGCUGGCUCUGAAGCCGGAGCUACUCAGCAAGCACGCCAUUGCUCAGUCCGAGAUAGACAAGGCAAUUUUCUGCCUGCUGCUGCUCAUCAAUUUUGCCAACAUUGCCAAGAAGGCGUAUUUCGACAAGUGCCGUGAGCUCCUCGACAAACCGCAGCUCCAGUACGCGAUGGCUCGUGCCAUGGUCUCCGGAACUGAACAAGUGGCCUCAGCUGUAUUUAAAAUUGCACAAUUCGAGCACUUUCCCAGGGCAGCCGUGGCUAAGCAUGUCGCCAACAUUAGCGCCAGCGGCAAUAGCAAUGGUGAAACACCUUCUAGCACCAACGCGGAUGCCGAGCAGUGGCGGAACCUAAAUGCCAUUUUAAAGAGUCAUCGAACUUUAGUGGACAAGGAGCUAACCCAGCGUGUUAAUGGUCUCAUUGACAGCAUUAACAGCACGCUGCAGAAUCACGAGCUGCACAAUGCCCCUGUCUCACAGGUCAUUGAGCUGUACAACCAUCGCAUCAGCAGCCUAAACUGUGCCAUGUCGAAUAUGCAGCAGCGCCUGGAGCAGGCCAGUGCCCAAAUCACAAGAACCACUCAACUAAAUAAUAUGCAGAAUGCAGAGUUGGAGCUUUUUCAGAGUAAAAACUUUGAGCUACUGAUCAGCCAGGAGCGACUUCAAUCACAGUGCAAAGAUCUGAAACAACAGACUGACAAACUCAAGUCUAACAUGAGCAAUUUAAUCAAAGACUUUUCGGAGAGCUCCGAGCAAUUGCAAGUCAAGGAGCGCCGACUGGCUGUGGCUGCAUCCGAAAUACUAGAUUACCAGAAAAGGUGUGAAGAGUUGCGCAGCAGCUUGAGCGCAAAAACUGAAGAGGUGGCCAAACUGGAGACACACAACAAAGAGAACCUCACACGCAUCGAGAAACUUAAGAAAACUGUCAAUGCAUACGAGCACGAUAUCAAAGAGAAGGUUCGCACCAUUGAAGAGCGCGAGCGAGAUCUUGCCAAGACCCAAAAAGGUCUGGAAGAACAGCGUGAGGCGCGUAAGAAAUCCGAGGACUUAGUUAGUGUCCUUGAGAAACAGCUGCAAGAGCGGAAGGAGCAAAUCGAGAAUCUCGAAAUGGAGCAGAAAGAGACCGAGGACUUGCGCAAGACCAUCAUGAGUCUUAUGGAGAGCAAAAAGCCGAAGCGAAAGUAGACCCACUUUUUUUUUUCUUUUCUAAUUAAGACAUUUUUAAGACACAUAAAAUGGUUUUAACUCAUUCAUUCAUAUAGGCCCCGUUAAUGAAAAAUUGAUUCAUUUGUGUUUAUUUACAUUUUAUUGCAUUCCGCAUUAACAAACAUUACAAUAUUUAUUAUGCAAUUUAUUUCGUGUCGCGCUUUAAAAUUCCAUUACAAAAACCAAUUUAACCAAAAACGA